GGGGAAGACUGAACAAUGAGCCGAAAGUGAAGGAGAGGGCGCGGCGAGGAGUUCAGCUGAGCGGAUCCAGAACCUCAGCCUUCCGCUACAUUCAGCCGUGGAAGCGGGAUUAUCAACAGAAAACCUGUUUAUUUACCCGACUCUACGAAACAGUUCACAAUGGACAUCGAAAAGGAGGUGAAGAAGAUAACCCUGGGCCAUGAGAUAGGAGCCGGGGCACCCUGUCUGAAAUGCAAGGACAAGUGUGAGGGCUUUGAGCUCCACUUCUGGAGAAAGAUCUGUCGGAACUGUAAGUGUGGGCUUGAGGACCAUGAUGUGCAGCUGCAGACAGAGGAGAACCAAAAGGUGGGCCGGCUGUUCGAGGACACCAAGUACACAGGGCUCAUAGCCAAGCUGAAGAAAGAUGGGGUGCCCUCCUACAAAGGCAGUCAGGUUACCAUAUCCAUCACUACCCCGGCUAUUGGCACUGCACUGCCUGUCCUGGGAGUUGCUACUGCGGCCACAGUCGGCCCCGCCAUCACCUCUACACAGGGAGCCCCCUCUGGCCCGUCUGCCCCCACCCCUGUGGCCCCUGUUGCCCCUUCUGCCUCUUCUGCCCCCACCUCUGGUGCCCCCCAUGCACCCACCCCUGCACACCCCUCUGUUGCCUCUGUGGCAGCCACUGCAAUUCCUGCUGCAGCCCCAGCCAAAACGAAUGUGGUAAAAGCAGUCACCUAUGAGUGGGCUCCUCCUGGCGUUAACCAGAGUCUGGCUCUGCGAUACAUGGAGAUGCUCCCUCCAGAGCGCAGGCCCAUCGCAGGCACUCAGGGGGCAGACUACCGUAAGAAACAAAUGGCCAAGCAGCUUCCUGAGCAUGACCAGGACCCGGCCCGAUGCCAUGAGCUCACACCAGCUGAGGUUAAACAGAUGGAGCAGUACGUCCGCAAGUACAAGGACGAGGCUCUGGGGAUGGGAGACCUCACUUUGCCGGAAGAGAUGGGCACCACCAGCGGCCCUGCUGGUGCAAGAGGCCCUCCGGCAGGAGCAGCUGGAGCUCCAGGGGUUGGGUCGGCACCAGGAGACAAGGCUGCUGUAGGCAAGGCUGGUGUACCGGCAGGCCCAGGAGCUGUAGGCAGCGGUCUUGCUGGCAAUUAUUCCUGCCACCACUGUCAGAAGGUGAUGCAGCAGGGUGACCCGGCAGUGUACGCAGAGCGUGCCGGAUACGACAAGCUGUGGCACCCAGCCUGCUUCGUCUGCUGCACCUGCAGUGAGCUGCUAGUGGACAUGAUCUACUUCUGGAAGAAGGGCCAGCUGUACUGCGGCCGUCACUAUGGCGACAGCGAGAAGCCACGGUGUGGAGGGUGUGAUGAGCUGAUCUUCAGUAAUGAGUACACUCAGGCUGAGGGACAGAACUGGCACCUGAAGCACUUCUGCUGUUUUGACUGCGACUGUGUUCUGGCCGGAGAAACCUACGUCAUGGAGAACGACAAACCUGUCUGCAAACCUUGCUACAUGAAGAACCACGCUGUGCACUGCGUGGCGUGUCAGAAGCCGAUUGAGCCUGAGGCCCAGCGUGUGUCAUAUGGGGAACACCACUGGCAUGCUGAGCCUGAAUGCUUCCGCUGUGCUGGCUGCUCCAAGUGCCUGAUGGGUCAGCGCUUCAUGGCUCUGCAGGGCAAACUCUUCUGCUCUGUCGAGUGCAAGAAGAAGGUCUUGGCUUAGACAACUCUUGCCUAUUAAUAGAGCAGUGCUGGUCCUGGAGAGCACGUGUCCAGCAUGGUUUGCUCACAUCCUGGUGCGAACAUUCCUGAUUUAACUGAUCUGUAAUUGGCAAG